UUCAUCCUUAUAACAGUUACGCCUUCUCGCUCUCCCUUCGGGUACGCAGUUACUGUUUUGGUGACUGCUAUCCCUUUCCCUUGAUCUCUGUAGCUGUUUUGGUAAAUCCAGUUUGAAUUGGUAAAUCCAGUUUGAAGAAAAGAAGAACAGAAAAAGUUUUACAGUAGUCGAUCUCAAGCCUUCUCUUCCAGGCGGCAUUGAAUUUCUAUAAGCAGGAACAGCAUUGAGAUUCAGAUCAGAUGGAGAAAGAUAGCAUGAAUUGAUGAGAAUGGAGAUUCAAAUCAGAAUCAAAUGGCACCAGGCAAACGUAGUACUUUAUACGAAUUUAUAAGAGAAUAAUUACCACAGAAGAAAUUGCAGCAACAACUGACGCACAUCAUUGCCCAGCUAGCUUUUUCAAUUAGCUGUGUUAGAGCUGCGUUGCUGUUCACCAAAUAGAACGCUGAUCAGCCUCCUGGGAUCCUGAAAGCGCAUCCCUUUGAGUUCCUUCUCCUUCUCGCGUAUCCUACCAACAUUCGUUUGUCAUACAAGGUAAGACUACAAACUGGAAGGAAGGUUCAUGUGAUUCCAAGGGAUCGGAUUUGGGUUUCCAAACUCCAUUGCAGGAAAUGGAAGGAGAUUCAGCACGAUUUACCCAAUUCUCCAAAUCAUCUUCAUUCUUAGCUUCAAAGCAGGUCCAUGCAGUUUCUAUCAGCAUGCCUUCGUCACCAUUGGGAUUGAACCCAGAGAAUGACAAGAGAAUGUCCAAUGUCAGUGUUAACCAUGACAACUCUUCUACCAACUUCGCAGCAGGGCCGCCUACUUCUUCUCGUAAUGCUUCUCCAAGGCUGCCCACGCAGGCAAAAUCGUAUUCUGUUCACAUGCAGGCAGAUACUCUAAAUGCAGACCGGCUGCAGCUUUCUGAUCAACCGAGCUCUUGUCUGAUAGAUUCACAAAGAGAUAAGAGGACCAUGAAGUCCUUUAAGUCCUUCAAGACCUUUUCCGGCAGGCUUGAGAGGCAGAUAACGAUGUUGCGAGGCAAACCAGUUGAAGAGAUAAAAAGCAGUGAUGGCCCGCCACCACAAGAAGUUGAGGUUCUGCCAGUGGAUCGAUAUUUUGAUGCUUUAGAUGGGCCUGAGCUAGAUAGACUUAAGGACGCUGAAGAAUUAAUCCUUCCUGAAGAUCAGGAGUGGCCUUUCCUUCUCAGGUUCCCAAUAUCUUCCUUUGGCAUAUGUCUUGGCCUAAGUAGUCAAGCUAUCCUCUGGAAAACGCUAUCAUCUGCUCCAUCAUUAACGUUUCUACAUGUAAGCCCAAUCGUAAACCUGGUUCUCUGGUUUGCCUCUAUUGCGAUUGUUGCAAUUAUCUCCACCAUCUACACUCUGAAAAUCAUUUUCUACUUUGAAGCUGUUCGUCGCGAGUACUAUCACCCAAUUCGUAUAAAUUUCUUCUUUGCGCCAUGGAUCGCAUGCUUGUUCUUAGUAAUGGGAUUACCUCCAUUGCUGGUGAAAACCGUGCCUCCCAUGGCCUGGUACUUCUUGAUGGCUCCGAUUUUCUGUCUUGAACUCAACAUAUAUGGGCAGUGGAUGUCCGGAGGACGCAGACUGUCCAAAGUUGCUAAUCCAUCGAAUCAUCUCUCUAUAGUCGGAAAUUUUGUCGGUGCUUUGCUGGGGGCUACCAUGGGUCUGAAAGAAGGGCCUCUGUUUUUCUUCGCCAUUGGUUUUGCUCACUAUGCAGUGCUAUUUGUUACACUGUACCAGAGGUUGCCAACCAACGAGAAAUUACCCAAAGAGCUCCAUCCGGUAUUCUUUUUGUUUGUUGCAGCUCCAAGUGUUGCUUCCAUGGCGUGGGCUCGGAUCAAUGGCAGUUUCGAUAACGUCUCAAGGAUCAUAUAUUUUAUUGCGUUGUUUCUCUACAUGUCUCUGGCAGUCCGGAUUAACUUUUUUCGCGGAUUCAGGUUCUCCUUAGCAUGGUGGGCUUACACAUUUCCGAUGACUGGCGCUUCAAUUGCGACAAUUAAGUACACAAAUGAAGCUCCGCAUGCCGUCAAUUUGGCUCUGUCUAUUGCUCUAUCCUGCAUUUCUUCUGUCACAGUAACGAGUUUACUGAUCACAACGGUCAUCCAUGCCUUUGUCCUUCGUGAUCUCUUCCCAAAUGACAUAGCCAUUGCCAUUACGAAAAAGAAAGCAAAGAUUGUCAAGAAGAACUCGCAUAUUAUGAAGCUGUCACCCUUAGACAUCCCCCUCAGAGAAGUCACUGUAUCCAAUCAAUGAGCAUUGUCCAGAAACUCAACGAAUGUUGAAAAGUUUCCACUCUAGAGCAAAAACUGCUGAAUAUGAAACCUUUUCUGUUGCUUUAUGCAAACCCAAAUAGUACUUUCAUUUCAAAUGGCACAGUUUUGUAGUCCUAAUUCUGUGCUUAAUGGGCAUGGCAACUAAAUCUAGUCAUUUUGCGGAGACGAGGAUCAUCUGCUGUAAAAUAUAAACGGUGAAAUGAUUGCUUAAAAAUGAAUUCUUCUAUCAGCAAGUUCCAAACUUGAUCAGCUGACUUGGAGGUCUGAAGAUUAUUAUGUAUCAUUCCUCUUUUUAUGUUAAUGUAUAU